GUACCCUUGUUGCAUCGAUCACGGUAACAUGGACAAAAUGCAAAUUUUCGGAUUACUUACGGAAAAAAGCCGAACGAUCAAUAGCUAACGGGCGGUUGUCAGUGUCGAUAAAUAGUCCCUGAAUACAGUUCGAACGAACCUAUUACCUGCAAGGUUCGCGUGGUGCGUGUUUUAAGGGCAGUUUAAUGAACUCGUUGGAUGUGAAUUAGUUUCGGGAAGAGUUAUUAAUCGUUGUUGGAGAAGUGAUUUGAUCUGAGAAAAUUAAUGGAUACUUACUAAAUAUCUACUCUGUUUUAGUGCACUGAAUAUUUUACAAACUAGUGCAUAAUGGCUUUAGUAUUACGGUCGUUGUACGACUUCUUCACGUUCUUGUUUAAGGAAUAUAACGAUCCAAGGGUGGAGCAUUUCCCUCUUCUCGGCUCACCAUGGCCAGUGGUGUUGAUCAUUGUCCUGUACCUAAAGUUUGUCAACAAUUGGGGUCAGAAGAUGAUGGCGAAUCGGGAGCCGUUCUGUUUGAAAACGGUGAUGAAUGUGUAUAAUGCGGUUCAGAUUUUGCUGAAUCUCUACAUUGGCGUUAAGGGUUUUGCGAAUUCCUAUUUUUCCGACGAUUACGACUGGCUAUGUGAACCGAUCAGCCAGAAAGUGACUCCGUCGAGGAGGCGGCUCAUUUUCGUGACGUACCUGUACUUCCUUUCCAAGAUUAUUGACCUACUGGAUACAGUGUUCUUUGUGCUGCGGAAGAAGAACAAUCAAAUUACAUUCCUGCAUACGUAUCAUCAUGCUGGAAUGGUGUUUGCGACGUACAUUUUCACGAAGUUUGUGUCUGGGAGCCACGCGACGCUGCUCGGGCUGAUCAACAGUUUUGUUCAUGUCAUCAUGUACUUCUACUACUUCCUGACCUCGUUCCGGCCGGAGCUACGGAAUUCCCUCUGGUGGAAGAAACACAUCACGCAAAUUCAACUGAUUCAAUUCAUGAUCCUGAUGGCACAUUUUGGACUGCCGCUGAUUUUCGGAUACUGCAGCUAUCCGACCUACUUGCUGUUUAUCGGCUUCACGCAGAACCUGUUCAUGUUUACGCUGUUCGCCGAUUUCUACGUGAAAGCCUACCUCAAGGCUCGGAAGGACAAAGUGGAAACAGCCGAAUGAAAAUGACACAGCGCACCGCCAUCAGCACCAUCGAUGCCGCUAAGAAAGCCGAAGGCUAUCGAAAACUGGAGCACAGUUUCGUUAAACUGAUUAAAUUUUCAUGAGAGGUGGAUAAUUUAAAUUUUUCAACGGCGUACCGAAGGAAUUUCACACAAAUACACAGUGCUAGCACCCAUAUGUCUCCCAUUGCCAUUUGAAUGUACUGUCUACCCUCAUUGCUAGGUUAAAUAGAAGUGUAUUUGGAGCUUCUACUGCAAAGUAGGUUCCACCAUUACGUCGUUCGAAAUCUAGGUUUUAAGUUCAACAGAAAUAUACAUCAGUAAAAUAUGACCUUUGAAUAGUGUGCAAA